AUGGCGGAUGAGCUGCUGGAGACAGUGGACAGACUUCAGUCCAGGUUACAGGAGAAUCAAGAGCCCCGAAAGUUGUUAAAGUCCCUCAGACGACUCGGGGAACUUCCUAUGACGGUGGAAAUCCUGGUGGAAACUGGAGUCGGCAAAGCUGUGAAUUCUUUGAGGAAGCAUGACAUAGUCGGAGAGUUGGCCAAAAACCUGGUGGCCAAAUGGAAGAAGCUGGUACCUCAGACCUCAGACCGACCGGCCAACAGCCACCACCACAAGCCCCAGUCCCACAAACGGGUACGCGAACCCUCCCCCUCCCCAGAACCCUCCCCAGAACCCUCUCCAGAACCCUCCCCAGAGCCUUCAUACAACCACGAGGAGGAGGAGGAGGAGGAAGGCUACCACCAAAACUACUCUCCUCAGUACAGCUCUCCUCAGAGAAACAGCUGUCAGUCUGAUGAGUACGACAGCCCCCAGCCCGAGCCCAGCCCUCCGCCUGCGCCUCCACCUCCCAGAAAAGACCUGAAACACAGCAGCAAACCUGCAAAAGACCUCCACAAGGACCUCCACAAGGACCUCCACAAGGACCUCCACAAGGACCUCCACAAGACGGAGGAGCGGCGGCCCGGUAGCAGUGACCGCAAAGAGGGUAAGAAGAAAGAGGAGGCCCGGCUCGAGAACCAGGAGAGUCCAGAGAAGACUCCAAAACAGAAGAAACCCUCCUCUCAGGAAACCAAGAGGGAGGACAAGAGGGAGGACAAGAGGGAGGACAAGAGGGAGGACAAGAGGGAGGACAAGAGGGAGGACAAGAGGGAGGACAAGAGGGAGGACAAGAGGGAGGACAAGAGGGAGGACAAGAGGGAGGACAAGAGGGAGGACAAGAAGGAGGACAAGAAGGAGGACAAGAAGGAGGACAAGAAGGGACGAGGAGACUGCAUUCGACCAAAGGCUGUGAGAGACUCCGCCACACACGAUGAAGACGAAGCCUUCGAGACCCCCACCAUGUCCUUUGAGUCCUUUCUCACGUAUGAUGCCCCGAGUUCAGUCAAAAAGAAGAAGAAGCCCCCGCCGCCCUCUGUGCCCCCCUCCCACAGCAGGUCGCCCCACUCCUCUUCCUCACGGCCCUCUGCUCCUUCAUCGUCACAGUCCUCUUCCUCUAAAGUGAACAAGUCCAACGGCAGCAGCAGCAAGAGGCCGCAUUCAAGCUCCAAGUCCAGCUCCGGACCAGGACCGGAGAAACGCAAGAAGGUGGUGGAGGUGGUGCCUGUUCUUCCUGACAUCCCUCUUCCUGCGAUUCAACCAAACUACAGACCUCUGCCCUCCAUCGACGUCACGCCUCUGUCACCCCAGAGACGGAAAGCGGCGCUCUGUGCGGAUGAGGAGGACGCCGGCUUCACGGGGAAAAGGCUAAACUCCAAAAUGGUGGUUUUCUCUGGAACCAAAACGUCGUAUUUGCCUCGAAUGAUGAGUCUGUACGAGCAGUGCAUCCGAGUGCUGCAGAACAACAUCGACUCCAUCGAGGAGGUUGGAGGAGUUCCUUUCGAAAUACUGGAGCCAGUUCUGGAGCGAUGCACUCCUGCACAACUGUAUCGCAUCGAACAGGCCAACCAGUGGUUCAUGGAGGACUCGGACGAGCUGUGGCUGCGUCACUGCCGUCGGGACUUUAAGCGAGAGCAGCCGCAGGAGUUCGAGUCCUGGAGAGAGAUGUACCUGAGACUUCACGAGGAGCGAGAGGAGAGACUGAAGAGGCUGACACACAACAUCUCCUCUGCACACGCAAACAAGCCCAAAGGUACGACUCACAGGUACAGACACAGGUACAGACACACAUCUCCUCUGCAAACGCAAACAAGCCCAAAGGUACGACUCACAGGUACAGACACACAUCUCCUCUGCAAACGCAAACAAGCCCAAAGGUACGACUCACAGGUACAGACACAGGUACAGACACACAGCAUCUCAUCUGCACACGCAAACAAGCCCAAAGGUACGACUCACAGGUACAGACACACAUCUCCUCUGCAAACGCAAACAAGCGCAAAGGUACGACUCACAGGUACAGACACACAUCUCCUCUGCACACGCAAACAAGCCCAAACGUACGACUCACAGGUACAGACACACAUCUCCUCUGCAAACGCAAACAAGCCCAAAGGUACGACUAACAGGUACAGACACAGGUACAGACACACAGCAUCUCAUCUGCACACGCAAACAAGCCCAAAGUACGACUCACAGGUACAGACACACAUCUCCUCUGCAAACGCAAACAAGCGCAAAGGUACGACUCACAGGUACAGACACACAUCUCCUCUGCACACGCAAACAAGCCCAAACGUACGACUCACAGGUACAGACACACAUCUCCUCUGCAAACGCAAACAAGCCCAAAGGUAUGACUCACAGGUACAGACACGCAACAUCUCCUCUGCACACGCAAACAAGCCCAAAGGUACGACUCACAGGUACAGACACAGGUACAGACACACAUCUCCUCUGCACAUGCAAACAAGCCCAAAGGUACGACUCACAGGUACAGACACACAUCUCCUCUGCACACACAAACAAGCCCAAAGGUACGACUCACAGGUACAGACACACAUCUCUGCAAACGCAAACAAGCCCAAAGGUACGACUCACAGGUACAGACACAGGUACGGACACACAACAUCUCAUCUGCACAUGCAAACAAGCCCAAAGGUACGACUCACAGGUACAGACACACAUCUCCUCUGCACACGCAAACAAGCCCAAAGGUACUACUCACAGGUACAGACACACAACAUCUCCUCUGCACACGCAAACAAGCCCAAAGGUACGACUCACAGGUACAGACACACAUCUCCUCUGCACACGCAAACAAGCCCAAAGGUACUACUCACAGGUACAGACACACAACAUCUCCUCUGCACACGCAAACAAGCCCAAAGGUACGACUCACAGGUACAGACGCAGGUACAGACACAUAUCUCCUCUGCACACGCAAACAAGCCCAAAGGUACGACUCACAAGUACAGACACACAUCUUCUCUGCACACGCAAACAAGCCCAAAAGUACGACUCACAGGUACAGACACACAUGUCCUCUGCCCACGCCAACAAGCCCAAAGGUACAACUCAGUUACAGACACACAUCUCCUCUGCACACGCAAACAAGCCCAAAGGUACGACUCACAGGUACAGACACACAUCUUAUCUGCACACGCAAACAAGCCCAAAGGUACGACUCACAGGUACAGACACACAUCUUAUCUGCACACGCAAACAAGCCCAAAAGUACGACUCACAGGUACAGACACACAUCUCCUCUGCCCACGCCAACAAGCCCAAAGGUACGACUCAGUUACAGACACACAGGUACAGACACCCAUCUCCUCUGCCCACGCAAACAAGCCCAAAGGUACGACUCACAGGUACAGACACGCAUCUCCUCUGCCCACGCAAACAAGCCCAAAGGUACGACUCACAGGUACAGACACGCAUCUCCUCUGCCCACGCAAACAAGCCCAAAGGUACGACUCACAGGUACAGACACACAUCUCCUCUGCACAUGCCAACAAGCCCAAAGGUAUGACUCACAGGUACAGACACACAGGUACAGACACACAUCUCCUCUGCACAUGCCAACAAGCCCAAAGGUACGACUCACAGGUACAGACACCGGUACAGACACACAACAUCUCCUCUGCACACGCAAACAAGCCCAAAGGUACGACUCACCGGUACAGACACACAACAUCUCCUCUGCACACGCAAACAAGCCCAAAGGUACGACUCACGGGUACAACACACAACAUCUCCUCUGCACACGCAAACAAGCCCAAAGGUACGACUCACAGGUACAGACACACAAUAUCUCCUCUGCACACGCAAACAAGCCCAAAGGUACGACUCACAGGUACAGACACACAGGUACAGACACACAUCUCCUCUGCACACGCCAACAAGCCCAAAGGUACGACUCGCAGGUACAGACACACAUCUCCUCUGCCCGCGCAAACAAGCCCAAAGGUACGACUCACAGGUACAGACACACAACAUCUCCUCUGCACACGCAAACAAGCCCAAAGGUACGACUCACAGGUACAGACACACAAUAUCUCCUCUGCACACGCAAACAAGCCCAAAGGUACGACUCACAGGUACAGACACACAGGUACAGACACACAUCUCCUCUGCACACGCAAACAAGCCCAAAGGUACGACUCACAGGUACAGACACGCAUCUCCUCUGCCCACGCAAACAAGCCCAAAGGUACGACUCACAGGUACAGACACACAUCUCCUCUGCACAUGCCAACAAGCCCAAAGGUACGACUCACAGGUACAGACACCGGUACAGACACACAACAUCUCCUCUGCACACGCAAACAAGCCCAAAGGUACGACUCACCGGUACAGACACACAACAUCUCCUCUGCACACGCAAACAAGCCCAAAGGUACGACUCACGGGUACAGACACACAACAUCUCCUCUGCACACGCAAAACAAGCCCAAAGGUACGACUCACAGGUACAGACACACAAUAUCUCCUCUGCACACGCAAACAAGCCCAAAGGUACGACUCACAGGUACAGACACACAGGUACAGACACACAUCUCCUCUGCACACGCCAACAAGCCCAAAGGUACGACUCGCAGGUACAGACACACAUCUCCUCUGCCCGCGCAAACAAGCCCAAAGGUACGACUCACAGGUACAGACACAAGUACAGACACACAUCUCCUCUGCCCGCGCAAACAAGCCCAACGGUAUGACUCACAGGUACAGUCACAGGUACAGACACACAUCUUCUCUGCACACGCAAACAAGCCAAAGUACGACUCACAGGUACAGACACACAUCUCCUCUGCCCACCCAACAAGCCCAAAGGUACGACUCAGUUACAGACACACAGGUACAGACACACAUCUCCUCUGCCCACGCAAACAAGCCCAAAGGUACGACUCACAGGUACAGACACGCAUCUCCUCUGCCCACGCAAACAAGCCCAAAGGUACGACUCACAGGUACAGACACACAUCUCCUCUGCACAUGCCAACAAGCCCAAAGGUACGACUCACAGGUACAGACACCGGUACAGACACACAACAUCUCCUCUGCACACGCAAACAAGCCCAAAGGUACGACUCACCGGUACAGACACACAACAUCUCCUCUGCACACGCAAACAAGCCCAAAGGUAUGACUCACGGGUACAGACACACAACAUCUCCUCUGCACACGCAAACAAGCCCAAAGGUACAGACACACAUCUCCUCUGCACACGCCAACAAGCCCAAAGGUACGACUCGCAGGUACAGACACACAUCUCCUCUGCCCGCGCAAACAAGCCCAAAGGUACGACUCACAGGUACAGUCACAGGUACAGACACACAUCUUCUCUGCACACGCAAACAAGCCCAAAAGUACGACUCACAGGUACAGACACACAUCUCCUCUGCCCACGCCAACAAGCCCAAAGGUACGACUCAGUUACAGACACACAGGUACAGACACACAUCUCCUCUGCCCACGCAAACAAGCCCAAAGGUACGACUCACAGGUACAGACACGCAUCUCCUCUGCCCACGCAAACAAGCCCAAAGGUACGACUCACAGGUACAGACACGCAUCUCCUCUGCCCACGCCAACAAGCCCAAAGCCUGGAUCAGUGAGGUGCUCUGCAAGAGGAGAUCUUUGGUCAGUGAGGAAAAUGCGCACCUCAUCACGCAGCUCAUACAGACGGCUCAGCACAUUGCCCCGCGAAAGCCAGCGGACUUCUGUGUGGAGCAGCAGGCCCUGGUGCUCUGA